GCGGGGAAAUCUAACGUUGAGUUUCUGGGCGUAGAUGAAGACUGAGCCAGAGCCGUCGCUCACCGAGAUAUAUCAACUUCAACAUGUCCUUGUCAGGUGUGCUCGGUCUACGACCAUAAUAUUACCAACCUUAUCCAUUUAUCAAUAUGCCUUCUAGAAUAACCGAAAAUCCGAAUGAGUGGUCCGACUCAGCAGAUAUCGUCUCACGAUUCUUGGCCCUCCAGCAGAUCUAUAGUGCCAAAGAACUGGAUCAAUAUCUCCGAUCACUGCACAAUGAGGAGGAGAACCAACCCAAUUCUGAUCUUCAACAAGUUGACGUAGUCGUUCUUUGCGCAUCAGCAAUACUGGCUAUUCCCGAAGCUGUCUUUGAGUGGGCGGUGCAACAGCAGGGUCAACCAGAAGGACAGCAGGAAAACACAGUACUCGUACUAUGUGGAGGGAUUGGGCCAUGUACGCCUUUCGUUUACGACGCUAUCAGCGCGAGCAAGAAAUACUGCACGAUAUUUGACACGAUAAAUGGCAAGCCUGAAGGCGAGGUGUUGAAAGUCAUGGCGGAACGCUUCUACAAGCUCAAGAUCAACAAUACUGGAGGUCAAGACAAGGGCUUUCGAAUUCUGGUUUCUGAUCGCUCAAACAACUGCGGAGCCGAUGCUUUAGAAACUCGAAAAGUAUUGAAAGAAGACAACCUUCACUCUCCCAGGUCCAUUGUCGUGGUGCAGGACCCAGCCAUGAGCAGCCGGACAGUUACAUCAUUUGAAAAUGCUUACGACGAAACCGAGGCAAAUAUCUCUUGUUGGCCUCAACUUAAAUCUAGGACUUCAAGUGGGGAAAAGGAAGCUGAAGCUGAUAAGAAGAUUCAAAGAGAGCUUUGGUCUAUAGAUCGCUUUCUAGACAGGAUAAUGGGCGAGCAAAGCGGAGUUAUGAAAGCGAAGUCACCAAUUGGCAUUCCAAACGAGGUGGAAAAUGCGUGGUCAGCCAUAAUGGAUGAGGGCAUGUCGAAAGUCUUUUCAUAGAAGAUAAUAUCAUAUUUUUCGUUCUAUGUUCGACUGUGAUAAUGAGUAUGUUGAAUAUUGACCGGCAAUAAUUCCGGCUGUGACGUCAAUAAUUAAUAUAAUAUAUC